ACGUCGUGGUUCAAGAUCUAGUCUCUUUAUAGAUCUUGGUCGCGGUUCUCGCCCCACGUUAUCAGUCAGUGUCCGUACCGUUCUAAUUGAAACAAAUCAUCUGUCAAUCCUUCCCGUCCGCAGUUUUUACAACUCGCAGUAUUGCCAGCACAACAACAAUAACAACAACAACAACAACAACGACGACGACGACGACGACUACUACUACUACUACUGGCGACACCUUGCGAUCGAAAACUGCGAACAACGACAGAUGCGACCUGACUGUGGUCGCACGCACUCGCCAACACGCGACAUCCACGAGCACGCACGCAUUGGUUACGUCGGUCGUCGAGCGGCGGACGACGUGAUAUCGCCAAGUGUUAUGGUUGGGGGAGAGGGAGAGAGGCGGCCACAGUGACUGCAGCGAGACGUGAGUGAUACUCGCGAGUCGCGAGUCGCGGGCAUCGGCUGGAGCGCACCACCGGAGCUCUCGAUCGGUGGCGGUGCAAGUGUGCAACGGCCCGACGGAGAUUUUUGUCGUUCCGCAUUCGCAUACGACUACGAACGGCUGUCCACCCCUCUCCACUACCCGACCACCGACAUUACGACGUUUUGCGGGCGCGCGCGCGCGCGUUGGUGUGAAUAGCUGUGUGUGUCGGUGUGUGAGUAGUCUUGCGUGUGUGUGUGUUGGUGCGCUUUUGUGUGGUCGGCCUGUCGUACGACAAUAAUUAUAUCGCGACGAUAAUAAUAAUGUGAUGUUCGCGCGGGCGACCUAGUUUCGCGUUACGUACACUUACGUGCCGCCGUCGGUUAAACGACCGUUGUCGUCGCCCAGGUGACUGAUACCCGUCCGACACCAUAACAUAAAAUAAAACGAUAAUGAUAAAUAAUUAUUGAAAUAAUAUACAAAUAAUAUUUUUCACGGACCGCGACCACUGGCCGGUUAGUAGGUAGGUAGUUAUAAACUACCACCACACACACACACACAUACACUCGCCCGCAUUCGUCGGUGGGUGUUUUUUUUUUUUUAUUUAUUUAUUUUAUUUUUUGAUCUGACGGAAACCCAAACGGGGUGACACUACAUCACGACGUCGCCGGAUCGUCGUUGUCCAAUUCACAGUGGUCGUGAUGUCCGACGAACGCCGCGGCCGCUGCCGUGGCUGCGAUGACGACGGCCACCACAGUGACCGCGGUCUUUCCGUGUCUUACGGGUUCGCGGCUGUCGCGAUUGCUGAAAACGCGACUGCCAUGAAAACUGUCAAGUGAUAAUGGUUUUCCACCGAGUCUAGGCUGCUGACCGUCGUGGCCUAGGUUGUUGGUGUGGUGUUGGUCGUUAAUUCAGUCGUAAUUGUUGUUGCUGCUGUCGUCGCUGCCACCGCUGGUCGUGGUGGUUGUCCGACACGUCGUUCGGUACUUACCACGAUAUCGAAUUAUUGCGAUUUUUUUCCAUCAAAUCCCAAGUCAAGUCCGUUCGCCCGAACGCUAGUUUUGUUAGUGUCCGAAUCGCGUGUUAACUACCCGCCGCGCACUAUGGCCGACUUGGAAGCCGUGCUGGCCGACGUCAGCUAUCUGAUGGCCAUGGAGAAGAGCAAGUGCACGCCGGCAGCAAGAGCCAGCAAGAAAAUCGUCUUGCCGGAUCCUAGUGUUCGAAGUGUAAUGCAUAAGUAUCUUGAAAAAAAAGAAGAAGUUAAUUUUGAUAAAAUCUUCAAUCAAGUUUUAGGUUACUUGUUAUUCAAAGAUUUCUGUGAACAUCUUCCUGAAGAUGAGCAAAUACCUGAAAUUAACUUUUAUGAUGAGAUCAAAAGGUAUGAAAAAUUAGAAUCAGUCGACGAGAGAAGAAAAUUAGCUAGAGACAUUUAUGAUAAUUAUAUUAUGAAAGAACUUUUGUCACAUACUCAUAAUUACCCCAAAGAUGCAGUCGCUCAUGUUCAAAAAUAUUUGAUGAAAAAUGAAGUGCCUGUUAACUUAUUUGAACCUUAUAUUAAAGUUAUAUUCAAUCAUCUUCGGGAAGAACCUUUUAAAAAAUUUUUAGAAAGUGAUAAAUAUACUAGAUUUUGUCAAUGGAAAAAUUUAGAACUUAAUAUUUCGUUGACCAUGAACGAUUUUAGUGUUCACCGUAUAAUUGGUAGAGGUGGUUUUGGUGAAGUUUAUGGUUGUCGAAAAGCUGAUACUGGAAAGAUGUAUGCAAUGAAAUGUCUUGAUAAGAAACGAAUAAAAAUGAAACAAGGGGAAACACUUGCUUUAAACGAGCGUAUUAUGUUGUCUUUAGUCAGUACAGGGGUGGACUGUCCUUUUAUUGUUUGUAUGACAUAUGCAUUUCAUACACCCGAUAAACUUUGUUUCAUAUUAGACCUAAUGCAUGGUGGUGAUUUACAUUAUCAUUUAGCACAGCAUGGUGUAUUUAAUGAACUUGAUAUGAAGUUCUAUGCUGCUGAAGUAAUUUUAGGCUUGGAGCAUAUGCACCGAAGAUUUAUUGUCUACAGGGACUUAAAACCAGCCAACAUUCUUUUAGAUGAGUAUGGACAUGUACGAAUAUCAGAUUUAGGUUUAGCUUGUGAUUUUUCUAAAAAGAAGCCACAUGCUAGCGUGGGAACACAUGGUUACAUGGCACCAGAAGUGUUAUCAAAGGGAACAGCUUAUGAUUCAAGUGCAGAUUGGUUUUCUUUUGGUUGUAUGUUAUACAAACUACUUAAAGGUCACAGUCCAUUCAGACAACAUAAAACCAAGGACAAACACGAGAUUGAUCGAAUGACCCUAACAAUGUUUAUGUUGCAGAAUGUAGAACUUCCAGAUUCUUUUUCAAAAAGUUUAAAAGAUCUUUUAGAAGGACUUUUACAACGUGAUAUAAAUGAAAGAAUUGGGUGUCGAGGAAGGGGAUCUGAUGAAUUGAAAGAACAUCCAUUUUUUGCCGGACUUGAUUGGCAACAAGUAUACAUGCAAAAAUAUACACCACCUCUUAUACCCCCGAGAGGAGAAGUUAAUGCUGCCGAUGCAUUUGAUAUUGGUUCGUUUGAUGAAGAAGACACUAAAGGCAUCAAAUUAACUGAUGCUGAUCAAGAACUAUAUAAGAACUUUUCUAUAACUAUAUCUGAAAGAUGGCAAAAUGAAGUUGCUGAAACAGUAUUUGAAACAGUAAACUCUGAAGCCGAUAAAGCUGAUCAAAAAAGAAAGUCUAGGCAAAAAAAAUUCAAUGAACACAAUGAAGAAGAAUCCGAUUGUAUUCUUCAUGGAUAUAUUAAAAAAUUAGGAGGACCAUUUGCGUCUGCAUGGCAAACAAGGUAUGCUAAACUAUACCCUAACCGGUUGGAGUUACAUUCAGAUUCAGGUUCAGUAAAAACUGAAGUUAUUACAUUAGACCAAGUAUUAGAAGUCAGUCCUGAGUUAGUAAUUGUUAAAAAUGAGCAAUGUAUUGUAUUACGUAUGAAAGAUGGCAAAGAUGGCAAACUAGUUCUCACCAAUAGCGAUGAAAUUGGUUUAAAAGAAUGGGCAUUGUCAUUACGAUCUACACAUAAAUCUACACAUGAUCUGUUAAAAAAAUUGAAGAAACCAGGGAAAAUGUUCAUACAAGAAGAAGCUGAUCCACUAACGUCUACUACAAACACCAACGGAAAUUAGUAACAUAAUAAG